AAAAUGGAUGGAGGAAACCAGUCCACAGUGUCAGAAUUUGUGUUUCUGGGACUUGUUCACUCAUGGAGUAUUCAGGUCUUACUCUUCAUGGUAUUUUUGAUGCUUUACCUGAUCAUUGUAUCUGGAAAUAUUGUCAUUUUGACCUUAAUCCUCACUGACCCUCAUCUUCAUUCUCCCAUGUACUUCUUUCUGGCCAUCUUGUCCUUUGUUGAUAUGUGGCUGUCUUCAGUCACCACUCCUAAGAUGAUUGCUGACUUUCUCAGGGAGACUAAGACCAUUUCCUUUGCAGGUUGUAUGUGCCAAAUUCUAUUUGUCCAUUUAAUUGCAGGAAGUGAGAUGGUGCUCCUGGUGGUUAUGGCUUAUGACCGCUAUGUGGCCAUCUGCAAACCACUCCACUACUCCACCAUUAUGAGCCUGCAAAGGUGCAUUGGGCUGGUGUUGACAUCCUGGACUGCGGGCUUUGUGCAUGCCAUGAGUCAAAUGGCUGUGAUUGUGCAGCUGCCUUUCUGUGGCCCCAGGGAAAUAGACAGCUUCUUCUGUGACAUACCACUGGUGAUCAAGCUGGCCUGCAUGGAUUCUUAUGACUUGGGAAUAGUAAUGAAUGCUGACAGUGGAAUUGUGGCUGUAACUUGCUUUAUCCUCCUGCUGAUAUCUUACACAUACAUUCUUCUCACUGUUCGCCAGAGCUCUAAAACUGGUGCAUCUAAAGCCCUGUCCACCUGCAGUGCCCACGUCACAGUGGUGAUGAUUUUUUUUGUGCCCUGCAUCUUCAUCUAUGUGUGGCCCCUCAACAUUACCUGGUUGGACAAGUUUCUUGCUGUGUUUUACUCUGUUUUUACACCACUCCUUAAUCCAGCCAUUUAUACACUGAGAAAUAAAGAGAUGAAAAGUGCUAUGAAGCGAUUUAGAAACUACUAUAUGAAUUCCAAAGGAAAUACAUAA